UGGCCUUGGCAGAUCCUGAGCCAAGGGGCCAAGGAAGACGUCUCCUAUGAGGAAAGGGCCUGUGAAGGGGGCAAGUUUGCCACCGUAGAAGUGACGGGUAAGCCUGUGGAUGAGGCUCUACGGGAAGCAAUGCCCAAAGUCAUGAAGUAUGUGGGAGGCACCAAUGACAAGGGAAUCGGGAUGGGGACGACAGUCCCUGUGUCCUUUGCCGUGUUCCCCGGUGAAGAUGGCUCCCUACAGAAGAAAUUAAAGGUCUGGUUCCGGAUUCCGAACCAGUUUCAGAGUAACCCUCCUGUCCCCAGUGACGAAAGCAUUAAGAUCGAGGAGAGAGAAGGCAUCACGGUCUAUUCCACGCAGUUUGGUGGUUACGCCAAGGAAGCCGACUACGUGGCUCACGCCACCCAGCUGCGCUCUGCCCUGGAGGGCACAGGCACCUGGCGGGACGACUUCUACUUCUGCGCGGGCUAUGAUCCCCCCAUGAAGCCCUACGGGCGUCUCAACGAGGUCUGGCUGGUGAAGAUGUGAGCGGCUCGGGGCCCAGGGCUUCCGCAGCUACCAACUUGCCUCCCAAGGGGGUCGCCGCCCCUUGUCUGAAAGAAACGUGUCUUUGUGACUAAGGUCCUUUUCUCAUACACAAGAUUGAUUUAGGGAGUUCUGUGGGAGACCAGAAAAUCCCCCGUGGUGUUUCAUCAGCUCUGCAGAUUACUAAGAACUGACUUUUCUUAAUUAUAGAAUUUGUCAUUUUUUAAGGAGGGAAAAAUGUGGGCAUGAACUUUCAUCUGUGAUUCUUGUAAGCACUGUCUAAAAAGAAACUUGAAAAUAAAGAUCUUUGACUUACGAA